UCUGCCCUGCUCUGUGCUGCCUGCUCAGCUGCAUGCUCCUGCUCCAGGAGGAGCUGAAGAGGAGCAGGAGAGCUCAGGUGGAGAUGGUUGAACUGUUGGGGAGCUCCUGAUCAGGAAUACCAGCAGGAGGAAGGAGAGGCUGCCCGGGCUGGCUGGCAGCAGGGAGCAUGGCUGCCUGCCCCCACCUCACACUCGCUGCCUGCUGAGUUCCUGCAAAAUCUCUGCCCCACAGCAGCAUUGGAAGCAGCUGCUCGCCCAUGGCUGCAGCUGGCAGCGAGGGGCUGCCACAGCCCCUGCUCCUGACGGCUGGCGCUGCCCUGGCCCUGCUCGCUGUCCUGGGCUACCUGGGUGCCCUGUGUGCUGCCUGCAGACGCAAGGGCAGGAAGAGGAAGGUCCCUCCGGAUGGGGUGAAGCUGGUGGAUGAGUCCCUGCUCAGACGGACGCAGCUGCGCUCGCUCAGCAAGUCAGACACGAGGCUGCACGAGCUGUACCAGGUGAAGGCCAGAGAUGACACCCAGCGACCGGCCAGCCUGGGCUUGCCCUGCCCCGCAGCCCCCCCAGCCGGGGCCGACUCCCUGCACAGCUCCAGCCUCAGCAUCCUCCUGCACCGGGAGCUGCCCCAGAUCCCCGGCCCCGAGCCCCCAGCCGCCUCCCCAGCCCCAGACCAGACCUACUCCAACCUGCGCUUCCCCCCUGCGCGGAAGCCGGUGCCAGACACGGUGUAUGAGUGUGUGGCGGUGCGGGGGGGGGAUGCCCCGGUGCCCCCCGUGCCCACUGGCACCCGGAGCCCCCUGCCCCGGGCCGGGCACGGCGCGGCCGAUUACGCCUGUGUGCGGAAGGUGAAGAGGACGGCGCCCCUGGAGGUGCAGGAUGAGGCCCCGCGGUGCUGGGACGGUGCAGGUGAUGCCCCUCGGCUGAAGCUGGAAGACAUGUACUCAACGGUCUGCAAAGCCACCAAGAAGAAAACCCAGGUCCCUGCAUCGGCCCUGAGGGAGGUGGGUGCUGGGGGGGCACCUCCCCGCAGGGAGGAGGGAGCCCAGGCUGGGUGCUGGCCCCCAGACCCCUGCUACGAGUCCAUCAGUGACAGAGCCUGGACUGCUCAGGGCCGUGGCCCCGACCCAGACUACGAGGCUGUGGAUGUGAACUGGAAGAAGGCGGCCAAGAGAGCCCAGGUGGGGCAGCCCCGUGGCCCCGAGAACCUGUACGAGAGCGUGGGCGACGUCUGCGGGGCGGGAACCCGGCGAGGGGCGGCCAGGACGGCGGCCAACGGGCUGGAGCUGUACAUCACCAACCUCUAGCAGCCCCCUCCUCCUCCUCACCCCCAGCUGGAGGCCAUUGGGGUGGGGGUUCCCCCCAGGACAGGCUGAGCCCCAUGGGGAUGGGCACACACCAGCCCCUUCGCCCACGUCCCUGCCAGCGCUUUCUGUGUAUAUGGGGUGUCACUGGGAGUGUCCCUGUCCCCUCCCAACCCAACCAGUGCCAGCAGGUCCAUGGUGGGAUGCCCUGAGAGGAGCAGUUUGCAGGUGCUGGGGGCCACGUGGGACAGGGCUGGUGCUGCCACCACGAUGGGAAGCAGGUUGGGGCCGGUUGUGCUGUGGUGGUGGUGGGGCUGUGGGUCAUCCCCGUGGCCCUGGGCUGUGGGAUCAGGCCCCUCAGCAGUGGGGUGAUGCCAGGACUGAGGGGCUCCAUCCUUCUCCCGCUGCCUGGGGGACAGCAAGGUGCUGUCCAGCCCCUGGAAGCCUUGAGCAGCUUUGCUCCCAUGUCCCUGGUUAGGGGCUGCAGGGGCCAACCCUGUGCCAAGGCUGUGCUCCGGGGUGGCUGCCUGUCCUCCAUCACCCAGCACACAGGCAAGGGUUCCUCUGUGAGCAGAUGUCUCCCAAACACCACUAAAAGCCAAGAAGGGUUUAUUGGAUCUAACCCCUGGUUCUAGUGCUGCUCCUGCAAGGGGAGAACAGUUCUGGGCACAGUGUAACCGUGAGAGGCUGAAGUCGCCCUGCACUGAGGGCAUUGUGCCUCAGGGAUGGGGAUGUGCAGCCACCAAGAACUGUUGCAAUGGGACUGGGCCACCCCCAAGCCCUGGCUGUGCCCAGAACUUCUCUGUGUGGGGUCAGGGCCAGAGCUGGGCAGUGUUUGCACAGCACUUGCUGCCCACUCGCCUCCGAGUCGCUCCCGUGGGGGCUGCAGCACCAACAGCUGCCAGAAACAUCCAGGGGGGCUGGUUGUGCACCCAGAGCCCUGGCACACAGGGGUUCAGACUUUCCUGCUCUGCUCCCCACGAGCACUUUGGGACCCUGGCCCCAGGGGCUGAGCCUGCAGGGAGGUGGGUUCUGGUGGCCCCUUCACCACAGUGCCUUGGCACAGGUCAGGCUGGGGGCUACCUGACCUCUUGGCACGGUGUUCUGGUUGGUGACAGCGCUGUGCUGAGCCGUGUGGCAGGCAGGCAGGAAGCCCAAUGCCUUCCUUUGGCAGCUUCACCCCAACGUCACAGCAGCUGAAGAGGUUAAAACCGAAACCAAGGCGCUGAGCAGAAGCCGCGGCAGGGCUGGAGCCGGGAGCAGCUCAUCAGCCCCGGCAGAGCUUGCGGUGCCAAACCGCAGCCGCUCGAGACGGAGGAGUCAGCUCCCACCCCCCUGGCAGAUCGGGGCCCGAUACCAAGGGGCAGCUGGUGCUGGUGCUGCCAAGCUCUUCCUGCUGCCAGUUGCCCUGCACUGCCACCCCCAGCUGCAUCCCCCCUGCAUCAUCGCCCCCACAUCAGCCACCUUGCAUCAUCCCCCCUGCAUCAUCCCCCCUGCAGCUCUGGGGGCUGAGUCCCUCCUGCACCACCCACAGCCCUGGGGAGCUCUAUUUAGGCUGCUCCAGCCCCACCAUGCCCUUGCAGGGCCAGAGCUGCUGAGCUGCUGCCCAGGGGGCUGGGACUGUGCUGGCACUACCCAUGGGGUCAGGACCUGGCUGCCACUGUGCUGCUCCCACGGGGAGAGACAGGCUGGGCACGGCACUGGGCUGCACCUGGGCUGGAGGAAGCUUCUGCUCUAGCUGAACUGAGGGUGGCCAAAGCACCUCCACAACCUGCAGCAGCAGGAAAAGCCUCGUCCCCCCACUGCCUGCGGGACUCGAACCACAGAACGACUGCCCAGUGCUCGGGGGGAUGGGAAAUGUGCCGGAGCCUGGGCUGGAGGCUCGAAAACCGCGCGGCAAAUGAAA